AGAAACUUCGAUAUUUAAGAUUUGUGGGAUUUUUUCUUUUGUAAGCAUGUGGAAAUAUGGGUUCCUGGUCACCUUUUGCGCAGUGCUUGCGCGCGCCCAGUUUCCAAGAGAGUGCGUAACUCCAGAGGGGCUACGAAGUGGUCAGUGUUGUCCGUCACCAAGUGGGUUGCCGAAUGACGCGUGCGGAUCCAGCACAGGAAGGGGACAGUGCGUAUCAAUCAACGCCGACAGACGACCCCACGGCCCGCAGUAUCCCCACGAUGGCCGGGAUGACCGCGAGCGGUGGCCCAUCAGGUUCUUCAAUCGCACUUGUCAGUGCAACGGAAACUUCUCCGGUUACAACUGCGGGCGGUGUAGGCACGGAUUUACUGGAGUUAACUGUGACCUGCGGGUUUCUGUAGUCAGGAGAAACGUGAUGCAAAUGAGCGCGGCCGAAAAGGCAGCAUUCGUUAACGCGCUGGAUCAGGCCAAACGCACGGUGCACCCGGACCUGGUCAUCGCCACCCGGAGAUACCAAGAAGUCUUCGGCCCGGAUGGCAGCACAAUGCAGUUCGAGAACAUCACCAUAUACAACUACUUCGUGUGGACGCACUACUACUCCGUCAGCAAGACGUUCCUGGGAGCCGGGCAGCAGAGUUUCGGAGGGGUGGACUUCUCGCACGAGGGCCCUGGUUUUGUUACCUGGCACAGGUAUCACCUGCUGCAGCUGGAGCGAGACAUGCAGGACAUGCUCCAGGACCCGAGCUUUGCCCUGCCGUACUGGAACUUCGCCAUCGGGGGCAGCACCUGCGACAUCUGCACGGACGACCUGCUGGGGGCCAGGAGCACCUUCGACUCGAGCGGCAUCAGCUCCAACUCCCUGUUCUCUCAGUGGAGGGUGAUCUGUGAGAGUGUGGAGGACUACGACUCGCUGGGGACCAUCUGCAACAACACGGAGAGCAGCCCAAUCCGACGGAACCCGGCGGGGAAUUCGGCUCGCCCCAUGGUCCAGCGCCUGCCGGAGCCUCAGGACGUGGUGGACUGCCUGGAGCUGAACACCUUUGACACGCCCCCUUUCUACUCCACGUCGUCCGAGAGCUUCCGUAACACCAUCGAAGGGUACAGCGCGCCGCAAGGAAACUAUGACCCGGUGGUCCGCAGCCUGCACAACCUGGCCCACCUGUUUCUGAACGGAACCGGGGGCCAGACACACCUGUCCCCCAACGACCCCAUCUUCGUCCUUCUGCACACCUUCACCGACGCCAUUUUCGACGAGUGGCUGAGAAGGCACAGCCCUGGUGCCGCCGUGUACCCCGUGGAAAACGCUCCCAUCGGCCACAACAGAGACUUCAACAUGGUUCCCUUCUGGCCACCGGUGACCAACGCUGAGAUGUUCGUGACCGCGCCCGAAUCCCUGGGCUAUUCGUACGAGGUCGAGUGGCCAACUCGCCCGCUGACCACCACCGAGGUCAUCACGGUCUCCAUCGUGGGCGCGGUGGUGGCGCUGGCGGUGAUCUGCUUCGUGACCACCUGCGCGGUGCGGGCGCGGUCGUACCGCGCCUACGAGGGGCGCGAGCCGCUCCUGGGGGACCAGUACCAGCGGUACUCGGACGAUCACGACCUGCGGCAGGACAAGACCCAGUCCGUGGUCUGAGGCGGCCCGGCGGCGCCGAGCGCGAGCCCUGUCCCUUCCGUCUACUUCCAACUGAAAAUAAAGAUGCAGUUGCUUUUGAAUCUUCGAUUGCUGUGCACGUGUGUUCUUAUCACGUAGACGUAGCCUCCUGUAGCUCAUGACUGACACUGUAAAUGUUCAUGGCGCACCAGUGCAUUUCCCUUUCUUGUUUUUAUCGAACUGAUAUUUUUGCCAAUAUUUACGGAAAGAUAAUGUUUUUUAAAUUAAAUUACAGUUCAGCUACACAAAAUAAAAGUGUAAAAAA